UAUUGUGGCUUUUUAACCCUUUUUCUAUGUUCUCUGUGUCGGUUUGAAAAUGGCUGAAGAUUCUUUAAUUGAUAUUUCCGCAAAUGAUAUUUCAAAAUUAAAGGUACCAGACUUAAAAAAAGAAUUAAAAAACCGCGGUUUAAGUACUACCGGCAAUAAAAACGAACUCGUUGAAAGACUACAAGCUUCGUUAAAAGCAUCAUCCGAUGUGAUGGAUGAUAUUGAGGAAGACUUGCUGAACGACGACGAUGAUGAACACUUGGACGAAAAUGAAUCUGUCAUACACGAAUUCGAUAAUGAGCUCGAGGAUUCGCCUGGGAACCAGAAGCGAAAGUUAACUGAAAUUACCACCGACAAGUCUGAAACCAAUAACGAACCGCCAAAGAAAGUGAUAUUGAAUAGAAAUAACAAUGCGGCGAGUGUUUUGGCUGAUAAACAAACUAGAGACGUUGAAAAAAUUUCAUUGCCAGAGAAGCCAGAUGGAAAUACUGACGAGAAGAAAGUCAUAAAAUUGUCUGAGCUUUCAGUUAAAGAGAGAUUAGAAAUGCGGGCAAAGAAGUUUGGAGUUACUGCCCUGAGCGACAAUGCUAAAAAGCUCGUAAGGGCAGAGCGGUUUGGAAACAACUCUGUUUCAGUAUUAUCAGAUUCUCCAUCAAUCAAAUUAUCUGAUAACACAAACCUGGAUGUACUUAAACAACGGGCGGCGAGAUUUGGUGGGUCAGUCUCAUCGGUUAUGUCAGAUUUAGAGACUCAGGAGAAAUUGGAGAAGCGAAAGGAACGGUUUGGCGCCGGUUUGGGGAGCAACGGAACGUCCGAUGUGGAAAAAGCCAAAGCGGCACGGCUGGAAAGGUUUAAACAGUCGGUAAAAUAGCCUAGAAUAAGUAAUAUAUAUUUUUUAUAUUAUAUAAUGCCGUUUUCCUUUUGUUCACCCUUAUUAUUAAAGUUUUGAUACAGUUUUUGAUGUGCAUAAAAUUUUUCGCGCUGUUUCCAUUGGUGCCCUUAGUUCGAUCUAGUUAAUGGCUUUUUCUUUUGUUAAUCACAAAAUUUAUGGCACACAAUUUAUAGCCACUGUGUAUUGAUGGAUAUGUGAAAGUUUAUUUUUUUCCAAUAAAAGACCAC